GCUCUCCAGACAUACCAGACCGAUCCUGCCAUGAGAAAGAUGCUAACUCAGCUGUAUUUCUAUAUCAUGCCUGUAUUUAAUGUGGAUGGAUAUCAUUUUAGCUGGACAUAUGAUCGAUUUUGGAGAAAAACAAGAUCAAAGAACACAAGGUUUCACUGUCAUGGUGUUGAUGCUAAUCGCAACUGGAAAGUGAAAUGGUGUGAUGAAGGUGCUUCAUUUCACCCAUGUGAUGACACCUACUGUGGUCCCUUUCCUGAGUCUGAGCCUGAAGUAAAGGCUGUUGCUCAUUUUCUGCGCAAACAUCGGAAACAAAUAAAAGCUUAUUUGUCCUUCCAUGCAUAUGCACAGAUGCUGCUGUACCCUUACUCUUACAAAUAUGCAACUAUUCCAAACUUCAACUGCGUG